UUCUGUUUUGACGAACUGAAAUCGAAGGUAAACUUUGUCAGACACUUCAUAUUAAUCUUUUUCUGCCCGUGGAUCAUUGUUCGAGGACACAGUAUCUGUCAAUGGAUAAACAAGUGGCAACGCGCACCUGCGGCCAGUGCAACAAAGAGGUUGCAGAGGUCAACUUCGCUCUGCAUGAAACACACUGCAGCCGCUUCCUGUGUCUCUGCCCUGACUGUGAUGAAGCAGUUCCCAAAGAGCAACUGGAAAAACACAGAGAGGAACAGCACACCCAGGUGAGAUGCUCCAAGUGCAACCAGAAGCUAGAACGUUGUCAGUUAUUGGACCAUGAGUCUGAUGAGUGUGUGGAGCGUCUGCAGACCUGUCAGUUUUGCGAGCUCGAGCUGCCGUGGAAGCACCUGGAUGAGCACUGUCGGGUCUGUGGUAGUCGCACCGAGCUCUGCAGGGACUGCGGCCGCUAUGUCAGAUUGAGUGACCAGCCAGCGCACACCUUGACCUGCUCGACUACUGACAAUGCCUCAAGUCCCCCUAAAACUACUAACGGUCCACCAGAUGGGACAAAACUUACAGUAACUUGUAGCAGAUGUACAGCACCAUUUCCAGUUGAGGACAUAGAUGAUCAUGAGCGGAAGUGCAAUCUAGUAUCCAGGGGGGACAAUGAAGAGGCUCAGGCAGAUGAGGAAGAGGAGGAUGAGUGUGAUUUCUCUGGUUGGAAUCCCACUCCUCAGCUAAUCAGCGCCUACAAAGCAACCUCCCUGUCAAACAGAUCAUGCAGUAGACCCUGGGGCAAUGGAAGAGACCCAGACCAGAUCAGAACUUGCCCCUACUGUCACCUGGCCCUGCCUCUCUUCACUCUACGUUGGCAUAAGGUAAAGUGCCAAAGAUACAGUCUCUUGACACAGAGAGCGAUCCCCUCAUAAGGGACAUGUUGCUUCUGAGAUCUCUGAUCAAUACAUGAUUAUCAAGAGACAAGUAUAUGGGUAACGAAAUGUAAUUUUAUUGUUAUCAUUACAUUAGAUUUUUUAUGUCUAAUUGAAGGUUUACACUUAGUUUUUAGUUUUGGUAUCCUUUAGUUUUAGGUCGUGUUUGCAUGACUUUGAGGUUCCAUAAUUCAGAAUAUAAUACUUUGUAUCCAAGUAAACUUGACACCACUGAUAAAUCUGUCAUGCAUCUUCUGCUAAAUACAAAUACAGCCACUAAAUUGUAUUUGCAAACUGUCACUGUCUAAACCAGAGAAUGUUUUGAGGCUGUAUUACAGUACUAAACAAUUUUCACAGCAUUAACAACAGUGCUGCUCAAGUUUCUAUUAAUAAAUCUGAAAUUGUAAAAGGUAUAAAAAAAAUCUGCAAUUCAUUUCAAUCAAAAUUUAAAAUACCCGUAUUUUCUGCACCAUCAGGCGCACCGGAUUAUAAGGCGCAGUCUCAAUUACGGGGUCUAUUUCUGUACUUAACCCAUACAUAAGGCGCACCGGAUUAUAAGGCGCAGUCUCAAUUACGGGGUCUAUUUCUGUACUUAACCCAUACAUAAGGCGCACCGGAUUAUAAGGCGCAGUCUCAAUUACGGGGUCUAUUUCUGUACUUAACCCAUACAUAAGGCGCACCGGAUUAUAAGGCGCAGUCUCAAUUACGGGGUCUAUUUCUGUACUUAACCCAUACAUAAGGCGCACCGGAUUAUAAGGCGCAGUCUCAAUUACGGGGUCUAUUUCUGUACUUAACCCAUACAUAAG